AUGACCCAUUCGCAACUCACCAAACGUCUGCUGAGUACACUGGGCGAGGAGACGAACCCCAUCACUCACUCAGAUGCCUACGAGCGCGCAGAACAUAUUGUAUCUUUAUCCACUGGCCACCAAGUCUCCAACGGUGGCUUCAAACGCACCGCGAACGGCCGACGCGAAUACCUUGAAGAUCGCACCGAGAAGCUCGCCGUUCAGAAGAGCGAGGCCGCCCCCACCGAAUCUCAGCUCCUCCGCGGCGUGCGCAUAUACCUCAACGGCUACCUGCGCGGGACGACCGACAUCGAGAUGAAGCGUGUGGCCGCUCGGGCCGGCGCUACGACGUUACCGACGCCGUCCGGCGCAACCCACAUCGUCACGUCUAUGCCGCUGAGCGGUUCGAAGACGCAGAAGUUCUUGACGAAGAAAUCGAGGACGCCGAUCCAGGUUGUAAAGCCCGAAUGGGUGACGGAGAGCAUCGCGGCUGGCAAGCGCCUCCCCGAGCACCGCUACGCGAUCAUAGAGGACAAAACCACCAAGACGAUGUUCGAUUUUGCAGUCAAGAAGUGA